GCCGACCGCGCGGCCGGCUUGUUGUAAUAACUUUACGUGUUUGUAAAACACAGGAAAACUUCCCGUCAGGAUGUUUUCCCCGUAGGGGUUUUGCGGCCAAGAAAAUAGCUUAAAAGAGAUGUAAAAUGUUUUCGCGGGGCGGUAAUCCUGUGGAAGGCUGUCAUGCUGCCCGGCCGCGCGGCGACUUGGUAAUGGUUAGAAUUUUUACAGAGUCUUAAGGCGUGAUCAUCUUCCGUACUGACGAUGAGGAUGCUACACAUCGUCCUGGUGCUCCUGCAGCUGGGAAGCAGCAGACAACAUCGACCGCUACCUGAAGGAGCAGUGGGGGUGGUUGCGGGAGCGCAUUUCGAGCCGAUACCUCAGGUAACAUUGUACACUUCAUCGGUACCAGUAAAUUUUAAGGUUGCUUGGCCAAUGCAAUUAGAUGACAUUCAGGAUAGUAUCAAAGAAAUCACUUCUUGUCCCUCCAAUAGUUCAAGUGAAUGGUGUGUUAUUUUCAAAGAAUUAAAACAUAGCUUAAUUUAUACUGACAUGCUAAUUAAUAAGGUAAACGAAGCAGCAGGGGAUGACGUAUUGGAUUUUCAGUCUCAAGUUCGGGAAAGACGAGGGUUAAAUUUCAUUGGAGAGUUUUUUCAUUGGUGUUGUGACAUUGCCGUCAAUAGUCAAUUGAAUAAUCUUUUCCUAAAUGAACAACAAAUGUCAGAACACAUAAACAAGAUGGAAUCACAAAUUUUAAACACUCAUGAGGCACUGGCAAAUAUGAGCAACACUAUUUUUGUUAUAAACGAGGGAAUGACCGGAAUUCUAAAAAGAGUACAAUCAAAAUUCACAAAUUUGUCUGAUUACUUAAAAUACCUCCAAGAGACUAUGGUGACUAAGUUUUCAGGAAUGGUUCAAGACAUAGGACAUUCAUUCCAGUUUCAGGUACUGUUGGCCUCUCAAUUAGCCAAACAAGCGCAUACAUUUACAAGACUAGAGAUUCUGGACCAGUGCCGGUCAAAUAAAAUACCUGCCAUUGUAGUUACACCAGCUCAAUUGAAAGAGAAAUUAAAUAUGCUAAAUGAAAUUCUUAAUAGGGAUGGUUAUGCGUUGUCCAUAAGUGUAUCAGAAGUUCAGAAAUAUUUUAAUUUACCCAUUUGUAAAUGUCAAGUCCACAAGGAAAAUUUAUACCUUCAAAUUAAAGUACCAAUUGUUAAACUAAAUUCCAAUUGGAGAUUGUUUCAGUUCGUCGCAGUCCCAUUUCAGUGGAAGAACUCAACUUGUCAUUUGGAUCAUGCUCCGAAUUUUCUGGCAGUGGAUGGAGACCAUCUAAUCACUAUUCAGGGUAGAAAUUUAUUAGAUUGUAGACCAUUUGAAGAUAAAUUGUGUUUUGUUCCCAGGUUCUCCGGAGAUACCCUAGGUAGUGCUUUGUGUCCAAAGGCUCUUUUUCAGGGGAUUACCGUUGAAAAUCUUAGUACCACAUGUGCGUUUCGAUGCCAUUCCGGAAACCAACUGAUGAUCACCCAGGCUGGACCAGAGCGGUACUUCCUAACAAACCCGUCAGGAAAAUUAGACUUGCAAUGCAUGAAACAUAACAAUGAAUCUUUAUUUUUAGGAAGUGGAGACAUCCUCGGAGCUGUAGAUAUAGAAGUACCGUGUGAUUGUCGUUUGUAUUUAAACCAAGAACUUAAAAUUAACGAGUUGUAUCCAUGUGAUGCGUUAACAAAAUCUAAAUUUCAAUUGGUACAUGUAAUACCAGCUGCUUGGACGAAGUUACGUAAAUUGAAAAUUUUCCCUCAUCCUACGUCAACACAUACAGUUUUUCCAUCCUUAAUGGAUUGUUUAGAUGAAAAUUGGCCAACUCUAAUACCACAUUUAAAUUUUUCUUUGACAAAGUUUGAAACCCCUUUAGACCCGAUUCAUUUAAGAGAACCAGAAAACGUACCAAGAUUUGUAAUGAAAAACUUACAGAGUAUUGCGCUUUCCAUUGUAAGUAGUGUAUUAUUAUUUAUUAUUAUUAAAAAUCCAUAUCUAGUAGGUAUUGGAACGCUACCAAGAGUAUCCGCCUUGGACAAUGUUACUACCCUUGGCAUAGAAAUAAGUGUAACUGUAAUUACUAUAUUGGUAAUAGUUGGAAUGUUUUUAGUUCUGUUAUUAAAAUAUCUGAGAAAUCGGAAACCCCUCAGUAUGUCUGUAGAAAUCUCGACUACAGUAGAAAAUGCUGUUCCUUCUACCAGUGGAAAGGUAGAAUUAAAAGACAUACUAGCCAGAGAUAAUGGUUGUGUAGCUAAGUUAUCCAGUGAAACUGGGGAGGAAUUGAAAGUAACCAUUUCCAUUUGUGAUGAUCAGUAGUGAAUGAAUUUUGUUCAAUGUAAAGCUUUACCUACGAUUAGAAAAAUUAGAAUUUGAUUAAUGUUUAUGUGAAGGGGCAUGCGCCCAUAAAUAAUUUUUAUAGAACCAAAUAACGAUGGAGGGAGAAUACCAGGUUCAAUAAGGGGAAUUAUGACGUCAGGACUAAUCAUUGAGAAAGUGGGUGGGAUCCUUUCCGUAUUCCCAUUUUCCACCAUAAACCCCCCCCCCCCCCCUUGUGUUUUUAUUAUUCAAGAAGUGACAUUGAUAGUUUUCGUCAAUCGAAGAGAAUGACUUUUGAGGCGGACUUGUUAAGGGCAAUUUCGAAAGGAGUGCGGUUGGGAGAAGAGGACCUGCUUCUACCCAUUGCUGCGGGCUGGUGCCCGUAUCGUCGAAUCGUGUGGUGAUGCACGAUUACCAGGAGUAUCAGCGGUUUGGGAGUGGCCAUGUCCAAGGACAGUGAUUACGCAUCGUGAUAGGGUGUGGCCCCCCAAACAACAAAUUUAUCGAGAAGACUAGAAUUAUCCAUCGUUUGAAACUACUGACCUGACGUUCAAAACAAAGUGUAUAGCAAGACAAGGCCAGUGUAGUUAUAAACUUUCAACCUACACGUGGACACAGUCAAGUUUUUGUUGUAAAUUUUCCUAUUAGGUACCUUACCUUAUCCUUCCUCUACGAAAUGUGGGGGGUAGGCUUUUCUUCAAGAUGUUGAAUAUUGCAGAUGAGUUACGAGUUUAGUUUUUGAAUAGUUACUUGUUUUAAGAAUCUUUAAAAGUUAUUUUUGUGUUGAUACCUGGUAUGACCCUCCUUGGUUAGUUGUGUUGAUCUAUGUUGAUCUCAUGAAUACUUCUUGAUAAACACAUGAAAAUACGUCAUUAACUUAAGUAAGAUAAUUUAAUUGUUUGAUUUGUUCACUAUUAUUUUGAUGUUUGAGAGUUUUUUUUUUAGUUGUUUGUAAUUGUAUGACUCCUGAUGCUGCUCAUGUAUUUUGUGUAGGAAUGGUGUCGUGUACCGUGGAUGACGAGCAGUUGGGAUGAACGACGUCGGGAUGGACCGGCUGGGAGAGGCAGAAGUUGGAGUGGGGUGUGAUUCUGCAGCUCACAGUUCCGCUGGCUGUUCCUGUCUCUGCCCUGAGUUGGUGCAUCUCUUCGCCGUAUCCCUCCUGGCUGCUUGCUGUCCCAAGCAGUGCUAACAUGUGAAAUUUUGUAAAACACACUUGUCCUCCGAGAGGAAAUUGUCAAUAAGUGCUAGUAGAACUUAGAGUUGGUAUUUAUACCUAAACAACAACCACUGUAAUCACUAAUUUAAAUUUGUAACUGGAUCACAUAGAAAUGAUAGGGACAAUUGGUUUUUUUUUUUUUGAAGCAAACUUAAAUAUUCCCCAAGCAUUGUUGUAAGCUUGUGGGGCACAAGCUCCUGCCGCCCGGGGUGAUGUCGCGUAGCUCAAAAUUAUCAUUAAUUUAUUUAAUUAGUUUAUUUGUUGAAAAUACAAUUUUAAAUUCUUUUCGCUAGUUCGGGACUUGGUUUCCCUCACGCUAAGAUGGGGUAACACCUUUGUUGGAUUUGGGUUUGCGGGGGGGCUGGAAGAGUGCGAGUCUUGCACGUCUUUGUCUGGGAACGCAGGCGUGACCGCGUUUCAGCCAG